AUGUCUUCCAGAAUACCACGCCACGCGAGCAGGGCCCUGCGCCAGGUUGCCCGUGCGUCACGAGCACCCAUCACGGCCUCCCGAACCUUCUCGACGUCGUCUUCACAAUACGCCACUGCGGCCGUGGCUUCGUCAAUCAGCAUUCCCACAUCAUAUGUGUCCCCGACGAAACCUCCCUCGGCUCGCCCCUCGGAGACACGCAAGUCUCAGCUCAUCCGAACCUACACCUCUCUCCUCCGCACGGCGCCCCUCGUCCUCUUCCUCCAGCACAACAACCUGACGGCUCAGGAGUGGGCAAGCAUCCGCCGCGAGCUGCGAGCCGCGCUUGCCGCAGUCCCAGCGCCGGCCGGGCAGACGGUCGAUAUCGUGCCCGACGUGACGCUCAACGUGCUGCGCACACGCAUGUUCUCCGUCGCCCUUAAGAUUGUCUCCUUCUUCGACGCCAAGGCCGCCUCGACAAAGACGCCCCUCGUCCACGACCUGUCCGAGGCAGCCUACAACAGCAUCAAGGAGAUUGAGGUUCCCGAGAGCUCAGCGUUCGCCGAGGUUGCGCCGCUCCUCGUCGGCCCGACCGCCGCCCUUGUCUUCCCCGCCGUGUCGCCGGCGCACCUUGCCGCGGCGCUCAAGGUCCUCGCACCGGGACCGGCCGGCAGCGCCACAGCGCCACCGGCACGCAAGAAGAACCCCGGCUACUACGAGCCGCUGUGCCAGAACGGCCUCGCGAAGCUGCUGCUCGUCGGCGGCCGCGUCGAGGGCAGCGUCUUUGACGUUGACGGCGUGCGGUGGGUUGGCGGUAUCCAGGGUGGCAUGGAAGGUCUGCGCGCGCAGCUCAUUGGCAUGCUGCAGUCUGCUGGUCUGGGCCUGACGAGCGCGCUCGAGGCUGGCGGCAAGAGUGUGUGGCUGGCGCUGGAGGGCCGCAAGGUGCAGCUCGAGGAGGAGCAGGGCGACAAGAAGGGGGAGAGCAGCUGA